GAACAGCUCACCCUACUUUUGUAUGUUGGCAGUGGUAAUUUACUCUGUUAAUGUUGAACGUGCUGAUUGCGGAAACAGUAGUGCAGUGGUAAUUUACUCUGCUAAUGUUGAACGUGCUGAUUGCGGAAACAGUAGUGCAGUGGUAAUUUACUCUGCUAAUGUUGAACGUGCUGAUUGCGGAAACAGUAGUGGUAAUUCACCCUACUUUUAUUUGAUGUUGGCAGUGGUAAUUUACUCUGCUAAUGUUGAACGUGCUGAUUGCGGAAACAGUAGUGUGGUAAUUUACUCUGCUAAUGUUGAACGUGCUGAUUGCGGAAACAGUAGUGUGGUAAUUUACUCUGCUAAUGUUGAACGUGCUGAUUGCGGAAACAGUAGUGUGGUAAUUUACUCUGCUAAUGUUGAACGUGCUGAUUGCGGAAACAGUAGUGUGGUAAUCUACUCUGCUAAUGUUGAACGUGCUGAUUGCGGAAACAGUAGUGUGGUAAUUUACUCUGCUAAUGUUAAACGUGCUGAUUGCGGAAACAUUAGUGGUAAUUCACCCUACUUUUAUUUGAUGUUGGCAGUGGUAAUUUACUCUGCUAAUGCUGGUUAUGUUGGCUAUGGAAAUAGUAGUGGUAAAAUAUUACCUCUGGCGUACAUAGUUAAACAGGUCCUCUUCAAGUUUAGAAACUAUAAUUGAUUGAUAGCUAUUGAUGUACACGUAAAUUAUAUAUUAAAUUCUUCCUUAUUUCCUUUUACAAUUCACACCAAAACUGCAUUAAGAGCGCUUCCCCUCAUCAAUAAUAAUAAUGACAUUCAGAU